AUGGAUGACCGCGAAUACAAAAACGGCAAGAAGCACGGUCAAGGUACAAACACAUGGUUCACUGGCGAUUUAUAUAUAGGCGCCUGGAUUAAUGGUAACAUGCACGGUCGAGGUACAUUCAAGUGGUCCAACGGCACUAAAUACACAGGUGAUUGGGCUAAUAACACCAUCACUGGUAAAGGGACACAGACGUGGGCCAAUGGCGACAAGUACGAAGGGCAUUUCAAAGGUGGCAAGAUGCACGGACGUGGUACAUUCACUUGGUCCAACGGCACUAAAUACACAGGUCAAUGGGUUAAUAACAUCCGAACUGGCCAAGAAGCAUACACAUCACCGAACGGCGAAAAACAGUUAAGUAAUUUUGUUAAUGACACCAUAACUGGUCAACAAAUACCGAAAUUGACCAAUAGUAGCACUUAUGAACAAGAUUUAAAAACUAGCAAACAGCACGGUGAAAGUACUAAAACAUGGAUCAAGGGUGAUAAAUACAUAGGUGGCUCGGUGAACGGUACCAGAACUGGGAAAAGCACAUACACAUGGCCUAAUGGCAAUAAGUACGAAGGAGAUUUCAAAGACGACAAGAUGCACGGUCGUGGCACAUUCAUGUGGUCCAACGGUGAUAAAUACAUAGGUGAUUGGAUUAAUGGCAACAUCCACGGUCGAGGUACAAAAGCAUGGAUUAAGGGCAAGAAAUAUAUAGGUGAUUGGGUGAAUAACAUCAGGACUGGUCAAGGCACAGAAACAUGGCCCAACGGCAAUAGGUACGAAGGCGAUUACAAAGACGACAAACAGCAAGGACAUGGCACAUUCACGUGGUCCAACGGUGAUAAAUACAUAGGUGACUGGGUUAAUGGCAACAUGCGCGGUCGGGGUACAAAAACAUGGAUCGACGGUGCUAGAUACGAAGGAGAAUACAAAGACGGCAAGGCGGACAGACAGGGUACAUACACGUGGUCCAAUGGCGAUAAAUACAUAGGAAAUUUCAAAGAUGGCAAGCAGCACGGUCGAGGUACAAAAAUAUGGAUCAAUGGUGAUCAAUACAUAGGUGACUGGGUUAAUGACGGCAGGACUGGUCAAGGUACAUACACAUGGGCCGAUGGGAACAUAUACGAAGGAGCUUAUAAAAAUGGAAAAAAGCACGGACAUGGCACAUACACGUGGGGAUCAGACACGAAGUGGGCAGGUCUUAAAUACAUAGGUGAUUGGGUUAAUGACAUCAGAACUGGUCGAGGCACAUACACAUGGGCCAACGGCGAUAAAUACAUAGGAGAUUUUAAAGAUGGCGAAGAGCACGGUCGUGGUACAAAAACAUGGAUCAAUGGUGAUAAAUACAUAGGAAAUUUUAAGGAUGGAAAACAGCACGGUCGAGGUACAAAAAUAUGGAUCAAUGGCGAUAGAUACAUAGGUGACUGGGUUAAUGGAAGCAGAACUGGUCAAGGCAAAUACACGUGGGCCGAUGGAAACAGGCAUGAAGGAGCUUACAAAGAUGGAAAAAAGCACGGUCACGGCACAUACAUGUGGGGAUCAGACACAAAAUUGGCAGGUCUUAAAUACAUAGGUGAUUGGGUCAAUGACAUCAGAACUGAUCAAGGCACAUACAAGUGGGCUCAUGGCAACACGUAUGAAGCAGAUUUCGAAGAUGGGGAACAGGAAGGUCAUAGCAUACAGACGUGGGGAUCAGAGACGGAGGGAACAGGUGAUAAGUAUAUAGCUGAUUGCGUUAAAGACAGCAAAACUGGUGAAGACAGGUACUUGCGGUCCGAUGGCAACAGGUACGAAGCUAAUUACAAGAACGGCAAACAAAACGGACGUGGCACAUUCACAUGGUCCAAUGACCAUCAACAUAAAAGUGAUUUUGUUAGUAAAACUAGAACUGGUCAUGGUACAUACACGUGGUCUAAUGGCAACAGGUACGAAGGAGAUUACAAGAACGGCAAACAGCACGGACGUGGCACAUUCACGUGGUACAACGGCGAUAAAUACAUAGGUGAUUGGGUUAAUAACAUCAGAAGCGAUCAAGGCAUACAGACUUGGGCCGAUGGUAACCGAUAUGAAGGAUAUUGGAAAGAUGACAAACAGCACGGUCGAGGUACAAAAACAUGGAUCAGUGGUGAUAAAUACAUCGGUGAUUGGGUUAAUAACAUCAGAAGUGGUCAAGGUAUACAGACUUGGGCCGAUGGCAAUAUAUACGAAGGAGAUUUCAAAGAUGACAAAAUGUACGGACGUGGCACAUUCUCGUGGUCCAAUGGCAAUAAAUACAUAGGUGAUUGGGAUAAUAACAUUAGAACUGGUCAAGGCACACAGAUAUGGUCCGAUGGUAACAGAUACGAAGGAGAUUGGAAAGAUGACAAGAUGCACGGACGUGGUACAUUUUCGUGGUCCAAUGGCAAUAAAUAUAUAGGUGAUUGGGUUAAUAAUAUCAGAACCGGUCAAGGCACACAGAUGUGGUCCGAUGGGAACAGGUAUGAGGGCGAUUGGAAAGAUGACAAACCGCACGGUCGAGGUACAAAAACAUGGAUCAGUGGCGAUAAAUACAUAGGUGAUUGGGUUAAUGGUAAGAUGCACGGUCAAGGAAAAAUGCUGUAUUUCGAUGGAAGGAUUAAGGAAGGGCUAUGGCGUGACGACAUGUUCACUGGUAACUGA